CCCUUGCUUCAACAAUAGUCAUCUAGAGCUCAGCAGAGCCUAAUCAUUAAGUUUAAUUAUGGUUAAAUAUAACUCCUUGGCUUCAGCUACCUCAGCUCAUGGGUUUGAUAGGCUGGAAGGGAGUAGGACUAAGAUGGAGAAGAUGUUUUGGUUCAUCAUUAUUUUUGGUUUAUGGAUAUUUUUCUUCCAAUUGGCAUUUUUAAAUCUCCAAAAUUACUAUUCGGAUCCAGGUCACACCUCUGUGACUAGCACAACUCCUUUCCCUGCUUCCCAAGGGAAAAUUCCUGAUUUGGCGUUCUGUGAUUCAUCUCCAUGGGAUUUCGAGAAAGCAGAGAAAGCAGGGAUAUCAGGAAAUAUGGUUUCAUAUAUAUCACAUCAACUUUAUCCGUUUGGUUUGGGAGAAUUUAAGAAUAACAAUUUCACAUUACAACGAGAGUAUGAAGAAGAUUAUCAGAAGUUACUUCUCCGGUAUAACGGUACAAUAGGGGUACUGGAUGCUGUUACACGAGACUGUGCGUCCUAUCUCAUAUACUGUAAUCUACCGGGAAUGCCGGACGUGAGAUCAACCUUGUGUUGCUCAAUGUACUUCAACGAACCAAUCUAUAGAAGAGAGAAAAAGUGUUUUUCAACUGUUGGAAAGCUAAACCAGAGCCAAGCAGUUGUUAAUGAAUUGGAAAGUAUUGAAAGUAUGACGGUGGCGAUCAAAUCGAGUGUAAUAAACUCAGGUUAUCUUAAUAGAAAUUUUACCAAUAGUAUUGCAAUGUUCUCAAGUUCUUUUCACGUAGCAAUUGUUGAUGAGAAGAUGGAUUUGCAGGUCUUAAAGUCGAGUGAUUUCAGACCUCUGACUUGGAAAUCCACAAAUCUGAUCUCAGUCCGACUAAACCUACUUGAUCAAACAAAUGUUGCUCGUGUUAUAGAUGGUGUAAAAUGCAGUCCUGAUCCAGGGUAUAGUAAACACCAGUGCAUGAAACAUGCAAUGCAGAAGGAAACAGGUUCUCAAUUCAAUUGUUCUUCAGUUACUUUCGGAGCUCCAACCCCUGGAACAAAAUUUUGUACUCCUGCAAUCAAUGCUUUGAUCAUGUCGGUCGAAAAUAAGAAAAAGGGUGAAAUUUUUUACCAAGGAGAAGCAUGUUUGGAUCAAUGCAAGCUAAAUUAUUACUCUUUCGAAGUUCGUCCUGAAAACAUACGCUCUGGGAUAUUUAGUCAGUAUAGAAUGGAUGAAAGUAAAUAUGAAUUCAUGAUGCUCCGGGUCUUCUACGAAGCUUCUCAGGUUCAUUUGACAAUCUACACUGGGAAGAGUCUGCAGGAUGUUAUCUCCGGGAUUGGAGGAACACUGGGUCUUUGUAUUGGUGGAUCACUAAUCACUAUUGUGGAACUUGGUAUCUAUUUCCUUCAAUGCAGACGAUUUUUCUUUAAAUAAUUGUUAUGAAAAGUU